UUUGAAGAGAAAGUCGUGAGAUUGUGACCUUUGGCCUGUAAGAGGUUACUUGGGGUCAAACGAGAGCGCGAACCGCUAGACCAACUUCUCAUUCUCAAAAUAGUAACUUUACGGCGCUCUGAACCCAUGAUCGUUAUUUAUAGAGGUCAGCAGUGGUGUAAUGGCCGAAGAAGAACAUUCAUCCAUCCCUCUAGAGCUGACAGUCGUCGAUGUUUACAAAUGGGCGGCAGAAAUCGGCCAGGAAUUCGAGAGACUGAUUGACACAUUCGGGGCUGACUCCGUGACUGAGUUGAUGCCAAAAGUGGUGCGAGUUUUGGAGCAGCUGGAAAAGUUGGUGGACAGGGAUGAGAAGGAACACAACGAGGUGUCGGAGCUCCGGCUGGACGUCCAGCGGUUACAGGCCAUGUACCUGGAGAAAAGCGAACACAACAUCCGUAUCCAGAAGGACCUUGAGCAGGUGGAUGAAUCAUGGAAAGAAGAAGCUAAAGAACUUCUCCAGACCAUCUCCAGACUACGGGAGGAGAACAAACAACUCAACACUGCUCUGUCCUCAUAUACUAAAGGACAACAUGCCCAGGCUAAAGAGAUUUCUGACAGUGAUUUUGAGGUGAUGGCUCGUCUGAAGGAGACAGUGGACAGACAGAGGGACACCCUCAGGGCCAAGGACAUGGAGAUUAACCAACGCAACUUGGAGCUGGAGGCUCUACAGUCCCAGGUAGAGCGACUGGCUAAGGUGAACCACGACCUGAGGAGGAAACAGGCCAUCACCCAGCAGCAGGGCAAGUCCCUGGUGGAGGAGAAGGCUCACCUCCAGGCUUCACUGCAGGGCAAAGAACAGGAGAUAGCAGCACUCAAGGACAGACUGGGCCUGAAGGGGGACCUGGGGGACCAGAUUAUCAAGGAAGAGUUGUCAGACAUGACCCAGCCUGCUGACACAUCUCACAUGGACGGGAAGUUAGUGAUUGACCUGUCGGACCCCGACCGUCCCAGGUUCACCAUGACGGAGCUGCGCUCAGUACUACAGGAGAAGAACGAGCUAAAGAUACGACUCAUGGAGGUGGAGGACGAACUCAGCAAGUACAAGAACAAGCUGACAAAAUCCACCCAGACUCUCCCAGGAGAGGUCUAUCCGGAGACAAAUACAGUCUGGACACAGACCUACAAUCCCGUCGAGGACCCCUUUAUGGAAAGUAGCGUAGAUAACAGGGACUCAGAUCCUGACCGGGAGUCGUGCAGGUCGAGCGAAGGAAGCUUGUACUUUGACUCCGACCACUUUUCCCUCAUGAGGGACCCCGAAAGUGAAGAAGAGACAGACACUCCUGUACCUGAUGUACCAGAGCCAUCACCACAGCAGACUCAACAGGAGUCUGGCAUCAAAAAACUGUGA